GAGGAACAUCCGAAACAAUCACAAUGUCGGACGGAGAAGAGACCCAAUCCAACCCCCCCGUGGCCGCGGCCGACGAGGUCGAAGUGAGCGCCGAUGCCGGCGGCUCCGGCCAGAUGUCCGUGCUGGACGCCCUCAAGGGCGUGCUGCGCAUCUCGCUGAUCCACGACGGUCUGGCGCGCGGUCUGCGCGAGGCUGCCAAGACGCUCGACCGUCGCCAGGCGCACAUGUGUGUGCUCAACGAGGGCUGCGAGGAGGAGGCUUACAAGAAGCUGGUUAUUGCGCUUUGCUCCGAGCACAAGAUCCCCCUGAUCAAGGUCCCUGAUGGAAAGAUGCUCGGCGAGUGGGUUGGUCUUUGCCAGCUCGAUCGCGAGGGUAACGCCCGCAAGGUCGUCAACUGCUCUUGCGUUGUCGUCAAGGAUUGGGGUGAGGAGUCGCAGGAGCGCUCCGUGCUGCUCAACUACUUCCAGACUGAGCAGUAGAUUAUGUCUUGAUCUUUAAUGAUCUGGAUGUGAUUCUGUGUCGGGUGGAUUUGUAGGUGG